AUGCACAAACCACUGAGCCACAUGAAUCACUUCUUUCUCUUUCUCCUCUUUUCAUCUCUCAGUGUAAUUAGAGUUAUUGACAGCGCGAGAGAGAAAAGCGAAAACCCAUUCACACCAAAGGGUUUCUUGAUUCGUUACUGGGAAAACAAGAUAAGCAACAAGAAGUUGCCAAUACCACAGUUUCUUCUCUCCAAGGCAUCGCCACUGAGCGCGGUGGAAUGCGCCACCUUUUCCAAACUCGCAGCCAACCACACCCUCUCCACGCGCCUCACACGCUUCUGCAUCUCCGCACACUUGCUCUGUUCCCUCCAUGACAGCGAUGAUAUCCUCUUGGCCAAUCACACAAACAAAGACGCCAACUUCGCCGUCUACAACAACAAAAACUUCACCAACUACGGAACGGGUCGACUCGGUGGACUCGACUCGUUCAAGAACUACUCAGACAACGCGCGCGUGAACAUUCCCAUCAACGAUUUCCGUCAAUACAGCCGAAACUCCACCGAUCACAACGACGAUUUCUUCAGUUACGGUUCCUUCGGCAACUUCAUUGAAGACAGCUUCCACAACUACUCCGCCGGAUCCACCGCCGGAGCCUCCAACUUCAACAACUACGCCGAGCCAACCAACGGCGACAACAAACUCAGAUUCAGCUCGUACUCCGACGCCGCCAAGGGAAGAAGCCAAUCCUUCACUAGAUACUCCGAGAACGGAAACAGCGGAGACCAAGCAUUCACCGGCUACGGGCAACGCGGGAACGACGCCAAGAACUCAUUCGAAAGCUACGGCACAAGCUCAAACCCCGUUGUUACCGGAUUCUCCCGUUACGGGAAAGAUGGUGUUAAAGCCAACGACACCUUUAAGAACUACGCGAACCACGGGAACGGUCCAACGAACACGUUCAAGACCUACGGUGACGGUGGCAGCGAGGCCAUUGAUAGGUUCGAUACUUACAGAGUUGAAUCCAACGCUGGCAGUGACGCGUUCCAGAACUAUGCUAAAGGAUCGAACGGUGCAAAUGUGGAUUUCACAGGGUAUGAUCAAUCAGAUAACAGUAACUCAGACAAAUUCACUGGAUAUGGAAACGGUGCAGAGAGACACAGAGUAGGGUUCGCCAGCUACCGUAUCAACUCCACUUUUGCAGAGUAUGCGAAGGAAGGGGUUACGUUUUCAAGGUACAAUAAUCUGAGCGACAGUGGCAGUAUGGUAAAAAAGCGAGUUGAGGAGGGUAAGUUCUUUCGAGAGUCUAUGCUGAAACAAGGGACGGUGAUGGCUAUGCCGGAUAUUAGAGAUAAAAUGCCUGAAAGGUCCUUUUUACCCCGGGCUGUUCUGUCUAAAUUACCGUUCACGGUUUCUGAGGUGAACCGGGUUUUCAAGGUGGGUGCUGGUUCGAGCCUGGAGAAGAUUGUUAAGGAGUCGGUGGGUGAGUGCGAGAGUGAACCGAGCCAGGGUGAAACCAAGCGGUGCGUGGGGUCCAUUGAGGACAUGGUGGAUUUCGCCACAGGGGUGUUGGGUCCCAACGUUGCGGUUCGGACCACAGAGAAUGUGAAUGGAUCGAAGGGGAAUGUGAUGGUUGGUUUGGUGAAUGGAAUCAACGGUGGCAGAGUUACUGAAUCUGUUUCUUGUCAUCAGAGCUUGUUCCCUUAUUUGCUUUAUUAUUGCCAUUCGGUUCCAAAGGUUCGGGUCUAUGAAGCGGAUUUGUUGGAUCCGAAUAGCAAGGCCAAGAUCAACCAUGGUGUUGCCAUAUGUCAUUUGGACACAUCUUCUUGGAGCCCGUCUCACGGAGCUUUCUUGGCCCUCGGGUCGGGUCCGGGCCGAAUUGAGGUAUGUCAUUGGAUCUUUGAAAAUGACAUGACCUGGACCAUUGCAGAUUAG